AUGGCCUUCAUCGACACUUUGCCCGCCGCGACGGCGACGUCUUCGUCCUGUCCGGCAAACAACGGACCGGUCACGUUUUCGAGCCUCCCAAAGGAGGUCCAAAGAGAGAUCUUGAAGCAUUGCUCGACUCGAGAGCUCUGCAGCCUUGCCCCUGUCUCGGCUCACUUCCAUUCGCUCGCUUCCGAGUUCCUUUACCACACGUUGAACCUUUCUCUGACGACAGAGAGCGAGCCCAUUGCACACCGCAGCAGAGCUUUCCGCAAAGGUCUGCCCAACCUGCUGAAUACGCUUACGACCAGCGACUACGACUACUCUCGCCACAUCCGCCAUGUCGGUCUUGGCACAAUCUGCGAGAUGCUGUUUAUGCGGAGCCACAGCCCCUUCCGCUUCACCGAAUUUCCCAGUAAAACGCUCAACACCCUCAUGGUCCUUGCAAUGCGCAAGGCCGUCGGCCUCGAGUCGCUCUCCUGGGAUGUGAAUGUCGAAAUGAGCCCCGCCCUCUUCAAGGUCCUGUACAACAUUGACACCCUCGUGGAGCUCAAUGUGCGUCUUCAUCACGGACCGUCUGCCUACCGUCGUCCAAGGGUCGUGCCGAGCAAUGCCAGUGGCCACCUUUACCCACCGGUCCACCAGCAAACAACGCACGCCAUGCCACUGAAUGCUUUUCAUGGCGAUACUCCAUCACAAGAAAGCUCGGCUGUGCUGUCAACGAACGUUCCCCCGCUCGGGAACCAAGGCCAAGGCGUGCCAUGGACGACGCAAGCCGGUCUCGUUUUGCAGCAGAUGGGUCACCCCAACAGCACAGAAAAGUCCAGCCAAACCACCACGUCGCCCGCCUCCGCUGCCCCCGACCGAAGCCAGCCUACUUUCUCGGGCUUCAAGAACCUCCAGCGCCUCAGUGUCCUGGACAUUGAGGACCUCGGUGUUCUCCCAGAGCUCCAGGCUUGCGUCCACAACUGUGCCCGCUCGUUGACCCAUUUGAGUCUCAGCCUUUCUAGCAACUUGACUCAGAAGAAACGCGAACGCGUACAACAUACUGCAACCACCACUGCGCCGCAUGCCGCUACCGCGGCCACCGCCACCACGGCCUCCGCCACCAACAUUGGAAAUAUCAACAACAGCAACGGAACUUGGGACCUCAUGCCCCAGCAGGUUGACAAUUACCUUGCAUACACGACAUCUGGCACGCCUCACAGCAUUUGGGGAGGCAUAGCCGGCACGAACAGCCCGCUAGCUAGUCCCGGCCCGGUUGUUGGUGGUGUGGAUACUGGAAAUGUUCCCAAUAUUAUGGCUCUUGCGAGUCUUGCCAAUAUCACGCACUUUGGCGGUGCAGCCAGCACCGGCCCUACCUUGUCUGCGUCGGCAUCAACGGCCUCCACAGCCUUGGCCGCGGCGCAGAAGACGAAGGCGUUUCUGAUGACAAAGGCUCUGCGAGACCAGGACAAGGCGCUCGCGCACAUCUUUGGCAUCGACCCAGACUGGUCUCCAGAGAAGGAGUCGACGAAAACAGCGACAAAGAAAAUGCAAAAGAAAUCGGCAGACUCGAACGCGUCCGAAAGCAUAUCUACUGCCGGGUCAGACGACAAGGGGAAAGGGAAGGUGGCGGAACACGACCGGGAGACGGAAGAGCGCAAAGAGCAAAUCAAGAUCACCCCAAUCGAACCCAGUGACAUUGUUGACGCUUUGCAGGCUGCCGCUGUCGAGCUCGGAGGCCCCCAUACUGACAGUGCCAAUGCCUCGUCCACGGCUGACCGAGAAGCGGCGGCGCUCGAGCGAUUUAUGGAGCUUGCCAAGGGAUAUCUUGCCUCGGCUCGCCCAGAGCCUUCGGCUACCAGUGCCUCUGUUGAGUCCAAGCCAUUCAUGCAGGCAACUACCAUUGGCGAAGCAUCUGCCUCCGGGUCCAGCUCUGGGUCGAAGCCGGCCUUGGAUACGACGACCCCUGACGACGACACUUCUCUCUUUGGGAACGGUACCGCAUUCACUUUGCCGACGCGGCCUCUAGGCACAGGUGUCAACCGGGAUGUCUUGCCGGAAGAUAUAGACGUGGAAGCGCCCGAAGGACAGCUCGUUCUUCACCCUCACGACGCCCCGGGUGAUAUUGACGCCGACGAGUCGCAAGCAGAGACAGAGGAGACGGCCGAAGAGGAGAAAUCGAAGCAAGGCGCCAGCACGUCCCCAACGCCAAUGCAAAAGCAGAGCACAUCGACUGCAGCGGGCAGGCUACGCAGCGAAAGACCGGCCUCGUUGACUUCGGAGGCCGUGACAAACUAUGCGCGGGAGACACGCGGCCUCUCGCUCAAGAAACUGUCGUGCUAUCUCAUCCCCGUCAAGGCAUCGAUCCUCGGCAGGGCCAUUGACCUGCUCUCCCUUGUCUCCAUCACGCUUCUCAGCGUUGGGCCGCAAGCCGCCAUCUGGAACCUGUUCAGCAAGGAGAACCUGGCUCACAAGCUACCACUCCGGAACAUCCAUACCGACAGCGUCAGCCAACCGUUUUUGCAGUGCGUGGCGCAACUCGACAAGGUCGAGCGUAUCUACUUACUCAAGCGCAUCGGCCAGGGCCACCUGCCCGAGAACGCUGCGCCCACGUCCUCGGUCACCAGCGCACACAUUUACGAGAACAUCCUGCAGAAGCACGCCCGCACUCUCCGGGUGCUGUCCGUGCGCGACAUGACCAGCGAGGGCUGGGACCUUGAUGACACAUCGAUCCGCCUCCUCGCGAGACGCGCCCGCAACCUGCAGGAGCUUGCUGCCAGCAUGAAUAUGGGGUCCUUGCACAUGCUGCAACGGUGCCUCAGUGGCUUCCGCUCGCUGCGUGCGCUUCACGUGGUGCGCUUGCGCAACGACGACACGUGCGUGUGGGUGAUGCAGGAAGUUAGGCACUUCCUGAUGGACAUGCUGUGCCAUUACCCGCACCUGCCGCUCACGUACGUCGCUACAGAGGGCAGCCAUUCGAUCGACCGGAUUGUGCGCGUAAACAAGCGGGCCGAGCGGAAGCUGCACGCUCCCGGCCCCAGUGGCAGCACUACGGUGGCGUCGACCACCGCCAACAUGCCGGUGCCCGAUGCCGCCGAGAAGGAGGACGAUAGCGACAGUGGUGGCGAGGACGGAAUGUUUCACACGCCGGAGUUUCGCCUGGAGUCGAUACUCAUGUGCCACGCGGUGGAUACGACCAUUUUCACACAGGAGGUGCUGCACGGCAUGAUAUGA